CCUUGCAAGCUCUAAUUUGACAACUAGCCAAUCCGCGCCAUGACAGCCCGGCACGUGACGUAGAGUAAGUUCCUGCUGUGGCUUGAAGGAAACAGAUCGACAUUCAGCCACGGGAGAAUCGCGCUUUGCGGCCUGUGGAAGCCCCCUCCCUGAGCAAUGGCCUCACCAGUCUCAGUCUACAACUCCAACACCUUGGACACACACAUCUCCAGUGCCUCCAGAGAGUCUCUGAAAAUGGAGUUGUUAGCUGAAGUGUCUCUGCUGCCAGGGGAGGACAGAAUUACAGAUAAAGACAUCAUCUACAUUUGUCCGUUCAGUGGAGCUGUGAAAGGCAAAGUGUUGAUCACCAACUACAGACUCUACUUCAAGAGCUCAGAUAUUGAUGCAGCGGUGAUGCUGGACAUUCCUCUGGGUGCUAUCAGUCGGGUGGAGAAGAUGGGUGGGGCAUCAAGCAGAGGAGAGAACUCCUAUGGCCUGGAUAUCACCUGCAAGGACAUGAGGAAUUUGAGGUUUGCCUUGAAGCAGGAGGGUCACAGCAGACGAGAUAUCUUCGAGCUCCUCUUCAGAUAUGCCUUCCCCCUCUCACAUGGUCUGCCACUGUUUGCAUAUGUGACUCAGGAGAAGUACGAGGAGAAUGGCUGGAACGUCUACAAACCCAUAGAGGAGUUCAGACGGCAGGGCUUACCUAAUAACAAGUGGCGUAUUACAUUCAUCAAUAAGAACUACGAGCUGUGUGACACCUACCCGACUGUGUUGGCUGUACCCUUUAAAAGUAAAGAAGAGGACCUCAGAAGAGUGGCUGCCUUCAGGUCAAGAGGACGUAUACCAGUUCUGUCAUGGAUCCACAGGGAGAACCAGGCAGUGAUUGUCCGCUGCAGUCAGCCUCUGGUGGGUAUGUCUGGUAAAAGAAACAAAGACGAUGAGCGCUACCUGGACCUGAUCAGGGAGGCAAACGACACCACCAAGCUCACCAUCUAUGAUGCUCGGCCCAAUGUCAACGCUGUGGCCAACAAGGCCACAGGAGGAGGCUACGAAGGUGAUGAGUACCAAAACGCAGAGCUCAUAUUCCUGGACAUCCAGAAUAUCCAUGUCAUGAGGGAAUCCCUGAAGAAACUCAAAGACAUCGUCUACCCAAAUGUGGAGGAGUCUCAUUGGCUGUCCAGUCUAGAGUCUACACACUGGCUAGAACAUGUUAAGCUGGUGUUGUCAGGAGCCAUCCAAGUAGCAGACAAGGUUUCCAGUGGAAACUCAGUGGUGGUUCACUGCAGUGACGGCUGGGACCGAACUGCUCAGCUCACCUCUCUGGCCAUGCUGAUGCUGGACAGUCACUACCGCACUCUCAGAGGAUUCCAGGUGCUGAUUGAGAAGGAAUGGAUCAGCUUUGGGCACAAGUUUGCCUCAAGGAUAGGUCACGGUGACAAGAACCAUGCAGAUCAGGACAGAUCACCCAUCUUUGUUCAGUUCAUCGACUGUGUAUGGCAGAUGACUAAACAGUUUCCUACAGCCUUUGAGUUUAAUGAGCGCCUCUUGCUUACAAUCCUGGAUCAUCUCUACAGCUCUCGCUUUGGGACUUUCCUUUACAACUGUGAGAGUGCACGAGACCAGAAUGAGGUGAGGUCAAAGACGGUGUCUCUGUGGUCUCUGGUCAACAGUAAGAUGGACAUUUAUUUAAACCCCUUCUACACCCCGGAGUCUGGCAGGGUCCUCUACCCUGUCGCCAGCAUGCGCCACCUAGAGCUGUGGGUAACAUACUACAUUCGCUGGAACCCUCGCAUACGACAACAGGUUGUGUGUGUUUGGAUGGGUGUGGGUGUAUUCCAGCAGCAGAGUCCGGUGGAGCAGCGCUACAAGGAGCUAUUGGCCCUCAGAGACGAGUACUUGAAGAAGUUGGAGGAGCUGCAGCUGUCUGACUCCUCCCCUUCCUCCCGUCUGGCUAACAAUCCCACCCCAAACACCUCAUCCUCCACCUCCUCCACACCAUCACAGCAAUACACACACCUACACACUCCCCUCUGAGGGCUGGUGACACACAGACACACCUUCAGAUGUAUUUGUUGACUUGCACUUAUGUCCUCUUCACUCUGAUUUCUGUCAGUCUCACACACACACGCAGGGUAUUAAUUAGUAUUGUGCAGUCCUAACUGUGGAUAACAAAGAAUGCUAAUAAGAUUUAGAUUUGAUGGUUAAUUCUGACGCCAUAAUGGUGAUGAUGGUGAUUUAUGCAAUAUGUCACAGUACAGCCUUGUCACAAGACUUUUCUACACACAUGCAUCAUACAGUGAAGCCUUAAAGACAUUCAGUGGCUUUCAGUCCAAGGGCUUGAACACACAGGACACGCAGUGGGUGUGUAUAGGCAUUCACACAGACAGCAGAGCAGAGCUUAAGUAAUGUUAUUUCUUUACAUCAUGCUCUGAUUUGACAAAGACACAACAGGAAGACCGCUGUUAAUGGUUAUUUUUUAAUCCAAUCACAACAGAACCACAUACAUAACCUAUAGAUUCAGUGAUAUGAGUACCAGUGACUAUACUGUUGUUUGAGUGAGAAAGAUGAGUCUUUACUUUGGGAAUAGUGGUUAACUCACAUUUUGUGGUUGAAAGCUCCAGAUAAAGCCAGUAAAUGAACCUGGAGUUGCAAUAAUUUUGUUAAUUGUACUGUUGUUGUCCAUUAAAGGAACACUGCAACAGUUUGACUGACAGCAGAUUCAUCUCUGUGCUUCCAGUGCAAAGACAUGUCCGGGACGUAGCUUACCUUAUGUUAGCUUUAGCAUCAAUUAAACUAAGACUGGAAGCACAGUUCCCUGUGAGCCUAGCUCUGUCAUAAUAAAGUAGAUCCCUAUGCAGUUUGCUACAAUAGCUAAUCCAUGAGGAGUCAUUUCUGUGUUUACUAUUACAGUUGGACUCAAGAAAAAACUAUUUAUGUAAAAUAGUUUAUUGUUAUGUAAAAUUGAAUUUUUGGAGCGCGUGACCGGCAGCGACCUGUCUUGAGAGAUGCUGCCAGCACUGGGGAGCUGGUCAGCGGGGUUUGCUCUAUUUUUGAUCCAUUCUGUUGAACAUGGGGCUCCUUUUAGUAAUAGACUUUAUUGGUUCUUACAUUUUCAGGUUAUAGGAAGUUCCAGGUAUUAGGUUCCUAUGGUGGAAAAGUGCUACAAGAUCCAGGUUGACCCAGUGCUGUGUGUGGGUGGAUUUUGUUAGAAUGUAAUGUGUAACAGGUCCCUCAUAGAUAGACAGGAUGUAUUGAGCAGAGCAAUCAUAAGCUAUAUUGUUAAAAGUGGACUGAUGAGAAACCAUUAGAAUGAAUGAUUCUUCCAUUUUCAAACACAAGACACAUCAAGUCAGUUAAAAGUUUAGGAGCUGUUGUAAGAUAAUUCUUUCACUAGGCUAGCAGUUUCCCUCUGCUUCCAAUCUUUUUGCUAAGCUAGACUAACUGCAUCAUCAACCUACCUGCACAUGAAACUGAUGUUGGUAUUCUCAUCUAAGUCUAGGAAAGACAACUAUUGAAGUGUCCUUUUAAUAUAUAUAUUUUUGGAAUAUUGGAACUGAUUAGUUACAGAUAAGAGUAGAUGAGCGGUAAAGUCUUGACCUUGGAAACAGUAGUUUGACAAAGAAAUUUUAACUCAAGGUCUUUUACUAGCUUUUUCCAGAGCAUUCUGGAGCUUUCAACUGCAGAGUUAAGCAAACUCCAUCCACUGAUGAAGUUAUGAUUAUUUUAUCAAACUACAUAAAAGUAGAUGUUAACAUUUAAAGAGGUGAAGAGAGAAACCCUAAUCUGUCUCUGUCAGCCCUGCUCCUGCCUAUGUCCUGCUACACAACCGUUGGUGUCCUGUGUGUAAUCAAGAUGUUGUAUAAUUCUCUUUGCACACUUCUUCCAACUUGCUGCGCUGCCACUGAGUGUUGCCCUGUCCCUUGAGGAAUUGAUUAGAACUACUGCAGAGUUCAUGCUGCGGAGUUGAAGGCUGGUUGCUUCUGCAGUGGAUGUCACUAUAAGUCUCCAGCUAAGUGUAUAUAUCAAGUGUGUCAGAUUUGGAUGGAUUGAUGUGGAAUUUGUUGCUUAUCACCUAAGGAUGAAAGCUAGAGCUGUCUCUGUCACAUAUGUUAUGCCACUGUUUUCAGCUAAGCUCACCUAAGCAGUUUCUUCCAGCACUUCCUAAGCUAUGGCACUGAGAGCAAAAACAGUUCUAGCCAGCCAGCAGAGUUUGGUUAUUAGAAUUGAUCAGUGAUUUACUUUUAUGAAUGCAGCUUUGAUACGGUUUGAAAUAUAUUUCAGGUGCUCAAGAUAGUGUAGGGAAAUGAUGUGGUGCUGGCCUCUGAUCCUGGAUCACCCCUUGUAUUUUUAUGCUCUAAUUAAACACAGACUCUGGAUGUAGAAAUCAGCCCAGGUCCAUGAUGGCCUUACCAUGCCAAGAUGUUUGUAACCAGCACAUGGUUUUAGGGACAGUGAGCAGAAAUAAACCAGCUCUCACUUCCCCUUAAAUAUACUUUUUGUAAAUCUGUUUCUAGAUAUUCUAUCCACCCUCACUGAAAAUUCCCAUGUGAAAACUCACAUGUGAUCUCAAAGCAUGUGUGCAUUUUGGACAGGUGUUGGCUUUGUAUGUAAACGUUUUUCCCCCACAUUUCAAUUGGAUAAAAUGUGGGGUAGUUUUUACAUCAGAAAGGAACGUUUUAAUCAGUUAAUUAAGUGUUGUUUCAAUUUUCCAUUUACAUUUGCCAGUGUCCCCACAUGUCAGCUUUGAAAUUGGUGCGGAGCCAUGAAAAAUAAGGUAAGGGAAUUUUAUAUGGAAAGUAACUGCUGACAAAUAUAUUGUCUUUGUCAUAUAGGAAAUGCUAUGGAAGAUAAUUUCUGCCAGAAAAAGAAAAAAUAGAUGAAAUGUAAUGACAAAAAUAGAAAUAUUCAUGAUAUGUCAAAAUUAUAGGAUACCAGGUUCAAAUUAUCAGCAUCAGAAAAUCAGGUUUAUUGAUAAGUAGGUUUUGACAUACAAGGAAUUUGCAUUAGUAUUUUGGUGCAUAACAAACAUAACAGAAAAUAAACGGCAAGUACUGCAAAAGUUAAGAAACAUAAAUAGGAAAUAUACAAUAAAAAAUAUGAAAAAAUAUUAUUAAAAUAUGUACCAUAUGUCUGUUUUAAAGCUAGUUUUCAGAGCUAUACAGUUUGUGCAGGAAUGUGCAGAAUGUUGAUGGAGGAAUGUGCCUCAGGGUCCUGCAGGCAAACAGGUCCUGAUGGGAUGGUAGACUGCAGUCAAUCUCCUUCUCAGCAGAGCGAAUGAUGCACUGCAGUCUGCCCCUGUCCUUGGCAGUGGCAGCAGCGUACCAGGUGGUGAUGGAGGAGGUGAGGAUGGACUCAAUGAUGGCAUAAUAAAUCAAAGUUAUGAGAUGUCCUUUUUAUGUGAGUAGUUUUUAUUUGUAAUCUAAAAAUGAUGAGAUAGUACUAUCUCAUAAUUCAGAUUUAGUAAAUCAAAAUUAGGACUUAUGUCAUUAUGACUGAAUUUUGACUAACCAUGAGUAUUUUUCUUUUAUACUUUUAUAUUAUCAUUUUACUUGUUGUUUCCUGACUCAAAUGGGCUUACAUAAAAUUCCGGAUAAGAACAUCUGUCCAAAAAGCACAUGCUUUAAUAGUUGUUUCUUUGGGUUUUGGUGCCGUCGUGGGGCUGAUGUCUACAGAGAAGUGCGCAGAGUCAAACUCAGGACAUCGCAUGAAAAACUGUGUGUGUGUGUGUGUGUGGAUAAAAGAGGAAUGUUGGAAACAGAAUCAAAUUUCUCUAUCAUGACAAUGGAAUUGAAGGACUUCGAGAAAUACCGAUAUGAGGAUUUUGCUGCUAACUCAAAAGACUCCCAUUUUAGUUAGUUUGAAAACAGUUGACACAAACCCAGACAGAAAACUAACGGCCAGCGUGCUGCUAAAACGUCUAUCACAAAUGUAUGUUCUGUAUCAUUCAGUCUGUCAGGAUGAUGACAGGACUGUUUAUUACUUGAUCACUCUUGAGUUCUCUGCCGCCAUAAUUGUUCAGUCAUUCUAAUGAGUACUGUCUGAUAGUCCUCAGUCUCUUAUUCCAACCUGGGCCACUUAGCUUGAUUACUGGAAUACUUUAAGUUUGGGAUUUGAGUGUGAUAUGUUGUGUUGCCAGCACAUCAUAAUCCGUCAGAGAGAGAUUUAAUAACAUGCCAAAUGUUGAUUGAUGUGUUAUUUUGGCAGUGCCAGCUAUGGGGUUUAUCACUGAAAACAACAAAUUAAACCAAUGGAUACCUAUUAAAAGGAGCUGGUGGUAGAUACACUUGGAAGUCUAUAUGGAUUAGCACUGUAGAUAAAGUCCACCUGGCAAUAUAUUUGUAAUAUUUUAUAAAAACCUCUUUCACAAAUGAAUAUUAUGUUACAAUACCCCAGAAGAUCUGUCCAACAGGAGGUGUUUCAUUACUUUCAUUGGAUUGAUAGAUGCCAAAAAAAACAAAUUAGCUUUUUCUCAAGUUUAUUUUAUCUUUACAUUGACACUAUGAGGCUCAAUUUUUCUUCAGAAAAUGUGACUCUAGGCAGACCAUUUUAAAGAUAUGCUGCCCAAUAGAAUCGCAAAGUGUGAGGAGCUGCUAGUUCCAGAAGGAAAAUACGCAGUUGUAAUGACCUAACUUCCUUCACAAAAGAAUAUUGUGUUGCAAUAACUCAGCAGUCUUUCUUAUUUCUUAUAUGUUGACAGAGCAGUUUAUUUACCUUAGUGAAUGUAUAGAUACAGGGAAGUUUUCUCAGGUUCACUGUAAUGACCUAACCUCAGUGUUGCACACAAUAUACCAUACUUACCUACACAGUGACUCGUCAGCGGUCUGUCUGAAUGGGUCAAGGCACGUCAGCAACCCUUCUUCUGACCUGGGUAGAACUAGUUGGAGACUGUCCUGCUUUGGUGAACUUAAAACUGCAUUUCUAAAAAGCAAAGUCCCUAAUUUCAAGCUGCCAUUAUCAGUGCAUGCAACAGAAGCUUGGUGAUUGGAUGUUUUUGACCAAAACACUCUUUGGGAGUUGUAGUUAAGUCCUCUUUGUACAUAUGAUGUACACAGGACACAGAAUGAUACUUCUGGAAGCCUUGAUACCCAAAAUAGCUCCUCCCACUUAGCUUUCUCUGGUGAAAGAGAAAUUUUAGUCAUGAAUGUUAAGAAAAGCCAGCUCACACUCCAAUACAUUUGCCCUCAGUGUGUUCAACUCAUUGGGUUUUCAGCAAGUUGGAAAUAACGAUGCAUUGUAUUUACAGUGUGACAAUUUUAAUUGUGAAUGAGGCGCAAUAAGUCAUUUUGCAAAGUGUGUCAGGUCAUGUCCAGAUUUGUGCCUUGAUUCUUGUGAGAAUCACCUUCACCUCUUCAGAGAGAUGUACUCUAGCUGUCCUGGGUCAUGUUUGAGAUUGACUGCUUGGUAGUUCAGGGUUCCAAAGGGAGAAAGCCUUGUAUCCUCUGAUUUGGAAGGACGCCGUGUUGUUGUUUAUGCGUUGUUGGAAGUUUAAAUUCGGAGAAAGUGGGUAGUCACUACAGGAAUUCUACAGAGUAACUACAGAGCGCAGCCUCUGUUUAUCCCCUCCAAAUCAGCAAUAGUCCAAACUGAAGAUGUUUUCUAACAGCUCCAAAGCUGCCUUGCUUUUGAGCAUCUUGUUAGCUAGCCAGUCACCAGUCCAUCUAAGAGUCACUUGAGUUUUGUUCAAAAUUCCAACUGGCUUUCUACUUGUUAAACGUGACGAUUUUCUUAUAGCUCUGUCCAACCAUUUCAGUAACUUUAUGAAACCAACAGUCCGACAUUUACCUUUCCAAGGAUUGGCCUGCAGAUUUCACUGAAGCUUUCUUUGAACAAAAAAAUCAGGGAGUGUAACCACAGCAAUGAAGUCUUCAAUGAAGUUGAGUUUCAAGAGAGAAUAGGACUUGAGCUACCUGCAAGUAUAUCAGUCUUAAACAUGACUCUUUUCUAUGUCUGGGUGGGUCAGAGUGGGCAGAUUGAAUAGUGCGCCCUGAUUCCUGUGUUCAGAGAAGUGAAUUUACACAGGUUCUACCAAAUGGAUACUCCAGACAAGUAUUUGACGUCCUUGAUGAAAGGUUUGAUCUCACUGAAGACGUUUAUGGGUAAAACAACAGAGACAGAAAAUAUGUGACAGCAACAUUAAAAAGUGUGCGUUGGUCGGGUAGUUGUGUUUUUAAGGGAAAAACAGAUGAAAAUCUAUUUUUUUUUACUUUUUACUUUGUACAAGCACCAUGAUGUAAUUACCUCAAUCAAAACCUAUUUUACUGCCUAAAGUUCUAUUGUUGUAAAAUACAAUUAUUUUAUGUAGUGUAAAAUCUUACAGUUUUAUAAAAAGGAAAGUAAUAUUGGUUCAGAAAUUGUUGGUAUAAAUUGUGGAUUUCUGCUCCAUUGGUUAACAUUUGUUUUGAGGGCAUUUUUUUGGGUUUGUACUUGUUAACCCAGGAUGAAAAGACAGAAGCUUCUGGAUACUAAUCACUAGUCACAAACCUUGACAUCUUCUCAGUUCUCUUAAGGAUCUUUAGCUUUUAGAUGUUGGCUCUUCGAUAAUGAAUCUGAGAAGUACUCUCAUUGUUCAUUUCAGUUUGACUCUUUCUUUAAUGUAUGGGGAUUGUAGUUUGAGCGGGGUUUGUGUCAUAAUAUAGCCUGCUUUUUAAUAAAUACACAUAAAAUGUGUUUCAGGAUCUUUUUGGCAUUAACAAGGGAAGGUAAAAUCAGAAUACAUUUCAAAUAUAUUUCUUUUAAUCAUGGUAUAUCCUCUCCACAGUUUGUUGGAUGGCUCCUGUUAUGUAAAUAUUACUGAUUAAAUUAAUUUAAGCAUU